CUCGCUCUCCACUGCUUGCGUCACGAACGAGGCCAUAAAGCCACCGCGGAAGAGAUCCAAUUACUCAGAAGCGUCAAAUCAUGAUGGAGAAGGCAGACAUAUGUCACAUCGUCAUGUACCCGUCACCGGGAAGAGGCCACCUCAUGUCCCUGGUGGAGCUCGCCCAGUCCCUCCUCCGCCGCCACCCCUCCCUCGCCAUCACCGUCCUCAUCUCCUCCCCUCCCCACCUCCUCCCUUCCAUCAUCCCUUACCUCUCCUCUGUCUCCUCCGCCACCCCUUCCAUCGCCUUCCGCCACCUCCCUCCGUCUCCCUCCCCCUCUCUCUCCUCCGCCCCCACCGCCUUCUCUGACGACCCGGCCAUGUACUUUGAGUACGCCCGCCUCAACAACCCCAACCUUUACCAUGACUUGUCUGAGCUGCUUUCCGACUCCCAGCCGUCACAGAAGCCCAAAGCCCUCGUUGUCGACUUCUUCUACAGCGUCGCCGCCGAGGUCGCCGCCGCGCUCCGCCUCCCCACGUACUAUUUCCUCCCCGCCGGCGCGAACCCUCUCGCGGCGUUUCUCUACCUCCCCACCCUACACAAGCUCACCACAUCCAGCUUCAAAGACCUGGAUGGCAACGUCGACAUCCCGGGCGUACCGCCGAUUCCGGCGAAGCACAUGCCGUCGAGGAUGCUGGACCGGAGCAGCAGAAUCUACGGCCAUUUCUUGGAAACGUCGACGCGGCUGGCAGAAUCCGCCGGCCUCAUAAGCAACACGUUUGAGGCGCUCGAGCCGAGGGCCCUCAAAGCGAUAUCCGAGGGACUGUGCGUGCCAGACGGCCGAACUCCGCCGGUGUACUGCAUUGGGCCGCUCGUGGCGGCUGACGAUCACAUCAGCAAGCACGAAUGCCUGAUCUGGCUCGACUCGCAGCCGAGCCAAAGCGUCUUGUUUAUGAGCUUCGGGAGCAUGGGGGUGUUCUCGUCGAAGCAGCUGAGAGAGAUCGCUCACGCUCUCGAGAAGAGUGGGGUUAGGUUCUUGUGGGUGGUCCGUUACCCACCACCGCACGAUGAAAUGUGGCGCAACUUAGCUAUCAAACCAGAAGAUGAUCCAGGUAUAGAUGAGAUCCUUCCGAGUGGGUUCACGGAGAGAACCAAGGACAGGGGGCUGGUGCUGAAGUCGUGGGCCCCGCAGGUGGCGGUGCUGAGCCACGACUCGGUGGGCGGGUUCCUGAGCCACUGCGGGUGGAACUCGGUGAUGGAGGCGGUGUUCGCGGGGGUGCCCAUGAUAGUCUGGCCGCUCUACGCGGAGCAGAAGCUGAACAGGGCGUACCUGGCCUGGGAUUUGAAGCUGGUCCUGGCUGUGGCCGAGUCGGAAGGGGGCUUCGUGACGACAGAUGAGUUGGCGGAGCGAGUCAGUGAAUUGAUGUUGUCGGAGAAAGGGAGAGAAGUGAGGGGGCGAGCGGCGGAGAUGAGGAAUGAAGCGAGGCAGGCCUUGAGCGAGGGAGGGUCGUCGCGGGUGGCGAUGGCAAAGUUGGUGGACUCGUUUAAAAAAGGAAUGAUGUGAGAAGAAGAGUAAUUGUACAGUGUAUUCUCAAUAUAGAAAAGUUUGUAUGACAGUUUUUAAUGUAUAGUGAAAAAUAACAGUUGACUAUAAAAAAUCAAAUUUUAAAUAAUUAUAUUUA